AUGGACAUAAUUGGUAUAUCUGAAACCAAACUCAACCGUAACAACUCUAAACAUUGUAUGAGAAAAUGUAAUACAUUUCAAUCUUUUUGGAGCUCACACCCUGACCAGCCUAACUCAGCUGGUGUGGGUCUUCUUUUUUCAAAAUCAUUAGCCAGACAUAUAGUAAAAAUUGAAAAAUAUCAAGGACGCAUAAUAUAUGCUGACUUAUAUUUUAAAGGAAAGAAAAAAUUACGAAUUAUUCAGGUGUAUAUCAAUUCUAAUACCAACAAAAAACAAGAAAGAAUUACAACUUCAAAACAAGUAAUUAAAUAUUGUCAAGAGGCAUUAAACAAAAAUUUUUUUACAAUUGUAAUGGGUGACUUCAAUGCAGACCCUGAAAUUCUUCACAAUUUGCAGAUUAAUAAUCAUAAUAUACCUUACACAUAUAAUCUGAUUUCAACAUUACAAACUUUAAAUUUUAUAGACAGUCUUAAAAUCACAAAUCCAAACUCACCUCAAUACACAUGGUCUAAUAAUAACUCAAAAUCACGUAUAGAUCAAAUUUGGAUUUCACAUAAUUUUGCUCAUGAUCUUGCUCGCACAAAAACUGUUGAUUAUACAUCAAUUUUUUCAACAGACCAUAAAUUAAUAUGGUGUGAUUUAAUAACUUCUAAUUUUUACAAACAUCGUUCCGAUAAUAAUGAACAAAGACAUUGGGAUUAUAACCAGUGUAUAAAUAAUUUUCAACCUACAUGUUCUUGGUUAAAUAGAUCAUGGACCAUACUUCAGCAAAUAAUUAUUCAAACUGCUGACAAAGAAAUACCAUUUGAUAAAAUUAGCAGGAAAGAUAAUAAUAAAAGAUCCAAAGAUACUUUGAUAUUACAUAAAUCCCUUAAAUCAUUUGGUCGUUUACUUCAACAAUUUCUUCAAAUCAAAAAUCUUGUAAAUAUAAAUCAGCGCAAUACCAUGUGGAAUGAUAUAAAAAAGAACAUUACCAAGAUUACUCAAAACCUUGAAAUACCUUUAGAAAACCUACCUGAUACUUUAUAUGAUAAUGUAUAUGAACAAACAUAUAAAUAUUUAAUAUCUAUCUUCAACACCAUUAAAUCACAGAAGAAAAUAGAAGACAAGAUUGAAAUUGAAAAGCAAAUUAAAUUUUUCACAGAAAAAAGAUGUGAACAUUAUACAUCAAAUCAAAAAGUCAUGAUUAACAGCAUUUUAGAAUGUGAAAAACAAUCUAUUAAAAUUAAUCGUUGUGUAAUUAACAAAGAUGGUGAAGAUGAAAUUCUCCUCUUACCUGAUGAUGUUAAAAAAGCAACUAAAAAUCAUUUUAGCAGUAUUUCAAAUAAUAAUCAUACUAUACCUAAUACAUUACCAUCUCCAUGGUUUAAUCAAUAUAAAUCAAUCAAACAAAUUGAUCCCAUAUGUCCAUUGGAGUCUUGGAAUUAUUCAGUUUCUCAUCUUCGUUUAUUUAGAAAUAAUCUUAUGGCUGGCAUCUUAUGCAUAGCAAAAUUUUUCAAAUUCUCACUUAGAACAACAUAUGAUUCUGAGUCUUUCAUAAUUAAAGGUGGACAAAUUUUACUACAAGAUAUUUUUGCUGAAAAAUAUACAUCAUUUGUAAAUGCACUGGCUAAAAAACAAGUAUUAUAUCUUGAUCAAAUCCUCUGUUGUGAAGGUACACACUUACUUUUUUGGAAACAAGUAGUCUUACGUUUAAAAAUUAAUAUACGUGGUCGAAAACCAAAAUGGUUUUCAUCAUUAGAAGAAUCUAUCCUACAUCACUCAUCUCGUGAAGUUCUAGAUCAAUGGAAACUACCUAGAUGCAACUCAUUCCCUAUACAAUAUUCACUUAAUUUUCCAAAAGACUCUAGAAUAAGGCCUUUCAUUGCAACCUACCAAUUUGAAGAAAUAACUUUUGGUAAGACAUAUGAACUAGCUUCACCAAAAAACAACAAUCAACUUAUCAUCACUCAUUGGAAAUCAAAUACCAACAUAUUAGAAAACAAUCAUGAUAGUUUUCAACUAAGUCAAUGUAAAGGAUGUGAACUAAACAACCUUAUAAAUAAUCCAAAUAGAAUUGGUUGUUUAUACAGUAAACCACAGAAAGAAUGUAUUGUCAUACCAGCCAAGAAAU